GAGAGGUGGUAGCAGAACGAAGUUGAAAUGCGGAGGCAGCUGUGCUGUGUUGCCUCAAUGGGUUUGCAGAGUAUGGUAGUUGUGUGUGUUGAGAGUGCCGAAAAGAAACGAGGAGUGUGGUAUAAACACUGAAUGAGAUGCAGAGGGGCGUUGAUUUACAGAACUGGUGGACAAGUGUAUAGGCUCACGCAUUCACAUUGUGAUGAAAAGCGAUAAAGAAAUUGUUGGCACGCUCCUAGGAUUUGAUGACUUCGUCAACAUGGUAUUGGAAGAUGUUACAGAAUUUGAGAUCACACCUGAAGGACGAAGAAUCACAAAGCUGGAUCAGAUUUUGCUCAAUGGAAAUAACAUAACAAUGCUGGUUCCUGGAGGAGAAGGACCAGAAGUGUAAAUAAGGUCAUUUGCCAUCACUGAAGACUUCCUGUUCAGUCUUCUGUAGGAAUGAAUAUCUUGAUGAAACUUGAUGAGUGUUUUAUUUUUUACAUUUCAAGUUGAUAUAAAGCAAAAUUUCCAUUUCAGGAAAAAAUGCACCGUUAGUGAUGACUUUGUAAGUUGAAAUCAUGACUUUGUUGUAAAGGCAAAAUGAACUUGUUGUUCAGAGAAAGGCAAUAAAGAGGUUUUUUUUAUAAAAAUGUUGGAACACUGUUUUUGAACUUUGGCAUGUUGGAUGUCAGCUGAAACCAUGAAUCUUUAAUUGUUCUUGUGCAGACUACUUAGAGCUGGUUAUAAGUAUUUCUUCUCUUAUCUACAUUGUAUACAAGCUAGUUAAGCUGUGACUCCCAAUGUGUGUGGAAAUUGUUUUCUCCUAUAAGUCUCUCCAAUUCUCCUUCCUUUGUCCCCUCUAGAUUCCUCUAAAGCACUAUUCUUCAACUUGGGUCCCCAGAUGCUGAUGGACUACAGGUCCCAUCAUCCCUGACCCUUUACCAUGCUAUCUGGGAAUGAUGGCAGUUGUAGUCUAAUAACAUCUAGGGACCCAAGGUUGAAGAACAGUGCUCUAGAGAUCCAGGCUAUGAUAGUAAUAUGCUUGUUAAAAUAUUUUGAUUUUAUUUUUGUCAGAAGAAAACAAAUGUUAUCUGCUUGAUAGAUUGAAAUAGAAGUGAGGGACCGGAUAUAUUUCUAUCUAUAGGAGUAUUUUAUCACUAAAUCCUUGUCAUAGUAUACCUUAUGCUCCAUAUCAUUCACUUCAUUAAAACAUGUCUGGUCAGAGAAAUGGCUUGACCUUUAAUUAAUCUAAUAGAACAAAGACGUGGAGAUGUUGAUCAAGAACAAAUUAAAGCACUUGGAAGGAAGAAAAUGUAGUUGUACCCUUUAAAAGAGAGGCAUCACAGUCAAUUCUUACAAGAUUUAAAGCUGUUCUAAACUGUCUUUGUAGUACAAUAUUAUUCAGAAGGUUGAGGGUGGACUUCCACAAAAUAACUACACAUGAGAUUGGUCUUAUAUGCUUACUUUGGAUUUAUUUGUUUUUUAAGUAAUUUUCCUCACAGAAGUAGUGCAGAUAUUUCCACCUGGUUAGUCUUAAAAAUAUUACAGCAGUCAGUAUAUUUGAACAUUUUUAUAGAGUUUAUAGGAACAAAACUAGCAUUCCACUCAAAAAUACAUUUACUUGGAAGUUAAUUUUACUGACUACUGUGACCUGGUUCACAUGUAACACCAAGGUGCUUUCCUUAAAUUUGCGCUGAUCAGCUGACAUUUCUAGUUUACUAGAAUUUGACUGAGAAGGGUAUCUUUUUCAUUGACAAGUACUGGAGGAAAAAAGUUGAAUUAACUAUGUGUAGGGUAACAGGAAUUUCAUUUUCUAUAGAGACACAAACAAUUAAAUAGUUUGCAGAGUUGAGUGUUCUGAAAAGAUGUGGUGUUAAAUCAUGCCAUAUGAGAUGUUGUCCUGUUUUAAUUAAUGUACAGUAAGCAAAAACUGUAAAGGGAAACAAGUUCAUUCUGCUCAGCACCUUAAAUCCUGUUCCUGUAUCUAUAGGCUAUGAGUACAUUUAUGCUCUGUUAUAGUGGCAGCCUUCCAUAUCCCCUGAAAAGCCCCUACCAAAGACUGGCCUCAAAGCAAAAUGGACUGGAACAAGGAUAGGAUCCUUGUCCUUGUAUGCAAAUGUGUCUUCUGAUUUAAGUUGGAUUGGCUUUCCAGAGGACUGGUCUUGUGCCCACUAGAGGGAGUUGAUGCAAGUGAAGGAAUAAUUGUAUGGCAAAACCCCAAAGGGAAUACAAAAUGCAUGGGAUUGGAACUAGCAGUGUGUAUUUUGCCUUUAAAAUAAAAACAUGCUUUACACUGGAUUUUUUUUAAAAAAAACAAUUUGUCAUGUGGUUACAACAUGAAAAUAGUAUUGGUAAUUCCAUUUCCUCUAUACUUUCAGAAUUUCAUUAUUAUACAGAUGAAUUCUCAAAUUCUUAUUCUUGCAGAAUGACAAAACAUUAGUAGGGAACUGUGCAAAUGGGAAAACAACAUAGCAUUUUAAUUGAACUAUUCCACCUUGCAGACAGUGUACUGUAAGUUAUAUAGUGAAGAGAGGAAGAAAAUUCUAAUGAUUCUUCCAGAUUUUAUAGUUAUCUUGCCCAAAUUUACUCUCAUUUGUAUAAUUUAAUUUCUGCUUGUUAUAAUCUUCCAUUUAUGUUUCUUAAUCUCCAUUUAAAUGUUCACACUUCUAUGAAAUUCUUGUUUAGUGUCAACAUUGUACUAAUUGUAUUCAUGUUGCAAUUUGAGAAAAGCGCAGUGGGAGUCCUUAACUGAAUUCUUUAGAAGAACUCAAUUAUAGAAUGUUGUGCAGUUUAUAAUAUAUAAAUAUAAUAUAUUAUCAGUUUAGUGGGAGCUACUUGGCUGUAUUAAAUCUAACUCAAAAUUA